UAUGACAGAUGAUCAUGAAUUACUUUUAACCAUUAAUUUGGAAGUUUAAGACCAGUGUGGGAAUCAAAAUUACCUAAAUAUUCCCUAAGACUUUUUUUAUUUUUCCGUGCAUUACAUAAGCUCACGUAGUCUCUUACAUUUCUCUCGUAGCCCUUCUCCAUUAUCUCUACCACAAAAUAUGGAAAACCUAGCUUUGUUCAUUUCAAUUUCUUUCAUGUUCAACAUCAUGAUGAUCAUCACCUCUCCCUUUCCUUCAUUCGCCGCUUCCACCUGCGGCGGUCCUUGUCAAACCACCGACGACUGCAACGGCCAGCUCAUAUGCAUUAAAGGCAAGUGCAAUGAUAACCCCGACAAUGAUGGAACCCACAACUGCACCGGCGGUGGCAGUUGUAAGCCCUUCGGCACUCUCAUUUGCAAUGGCAAGUCUUACCCAAAGUACAACUGCUCUCCCCCGGUCACCAUCUCCACCCGAGCCGUACUACGGAACAAUGAUUUUAGCGAAGGCGGCAUUGGCGGCGGCCCGCCGUCGUGCGACAAGAAUUACCACGAUAACAAGGAGCUAGUGGUGGCGCUUUCGACUGGAUGGUUCGACAGAGGAUCGAGAUGCGGAAAGAUGAUACGUAUAACUGCGAGCAACGGGAGGACUGUGCUGGCAAAGGUGGUGGAUGAAUGUGACUCCAGGCGUGGGUGUGAUGCAGCACAUGCAUAUCUAUGAACAUGUGGUCAUAAUGUGGUUAACGGCUCGGAUGGUGUUUGGAGGGCCCUGGGGCUGAAUACAGACGACGAUCGUGCCGAUGUGACUUGGUCCAUGGCUUAA